UAUGAUGGUGCAAGAACUGAAUGCGAUCUGGUCGCAUUACAUUGCUGCAAUCGAGAAGGUGACUGACCAGCAGCCGUUCCGUUCAGUACCGCAUACCGCCAUCGCAUCGGUGACCGCAUUUUUCUCGGCUUGCAUAACAUAUCGCGUGACUUACUAGGUUAGUAACGUGAGGGAACGGACAACAGAGAAGGCGGUGUUGAUGGUAGGAGGAGAUUGUGCUUCGACGUCUUCCGCGUUUCCCCGGAUUUCAACCACUGUCCUGAUUCCAUCGUGUCUUCUCCUUGCACGUUUUACGCUCAGCCCACCCUCCCAAUUGAGUUAGUUGUAAAGAAAAAAAAAAACAAUUAAAUAAAUUAUACAGGACUCAACGCCCCCCUUUCCCUUCACCUCUCCUCUUUCUCUCCCCACUUCGCAAAUAACUAACAUUACCACCGCCUUCGUUCUCCACAUGCAGCAUCGGAGUCCAGGGCCCCGGCGCACCGGCUCCAGCCAUGUCGGCGAGGAAUACAGCGGCUGGCGGCGGUGACGGAGCGAUAGGGGAAAAGACAGGAGACGCAUUAGAGGAAGAACCCCAGGGCCUCUCUGUCUCUCUGUUUGGUUUGAUGACCCCCUCCUCAGCCGCCGGCAUGGCCUCGGGCAUAGAGAUGCCCAGGAAACGGAAAGGCAGCAUGGACAACCUGGAAACAAAAUCUGCAUCAAAUCUAGAGGAGGAUAUGGAGGACGAUAAGGGAAGAUCGGAAGGAGAUGACCAGCAAUUAAAAAUUAAGUGUAUCAGAGAACCUCACAGUCAGAUUGAGAAACGGCGGCGAGAUAAGAUGAAUAACUUGAUUGACGAGUUGGCAGCGAUGAUACCCACCUGUAACCCCAUGUCCCGCAAACUUGACAAACUCACUGUGUUACGAAUGGCUGUCCAGCACCUCAAAUCACUCAAAGGAGCGACCAGCUCAUUUGCAGAAGCCAAUUACAAACCUGCUUUCCUCCCAGACGAUGAGCUCAAACACCUUGUCCUAAAGGCUGCGGAUGGAUUUCUCUUUGUGGUUGGCUGUGACCGUGGAAAAAUAAUCUUUGCAUCAGAAUCAGUUUCAAAAAUCCUGAGCUACAGUCGGACGGAGUUAAUUGGACAGAGCCUGUUUGAUUAUGUUCAUCCAAAGGACAUUGGUAAAGUGAAGGAACAGCUGUCCGCCACUGAACUCUACCCACGGGAGCGCCUCAUCGACGCCAAAACGGGAUUGCAGGUGCAGGCUGAGAUCCCCGUCGGAGCAGCUCGACUUUGCUCUGGAGCCCGGCGUUCAUUCUUCUGCCGAAUGAAGUACAACAAAGUUACCAUCAAAGAGGAGAAAGUCUUUCAGGCUGGGGCCUCAAAAAAGAAAGAGUCACAGCGGUACUGUACUGUGCACUGCACGGGCUACAUGCGUACCUGGCCCAAGCGCCAGCUGGGCACGGAGGGGGAGGCUGAGGCGGAUAAAGAGAGCUCCCACUUCAGCUGCCUGGUAGCAGUGGGCCGCAUGCACCCCCACACCCUCCCGCAGGCCAACGGAGAGAUCAAAGUCAAGCCCACCGAAUUUGUCACCCGCUACGCCAUGGACGGCAAAUUCACCUUUGUGGAUCAACGAGCCACCACCAUUCUGGGUUACUUACCCCAGGAGCUGCUAGGCACAUCCUGCUAUGAAUACUUCCAUCUGGAUGACCUGCCUCAUUUGGCAGAUAGACACCGGAAAGUGUUGAGAAGUAAAGAGAAGAUUGAGACAAACUGCUAUAAGUUUAAAACGAAAUAUGGCUCUUUCGUCACCUUACAAAGUCAGUGGUUUAGUUUUAUAAAUCCCUGGACCAAAGAAGUAGAAUACAUAGUGUCAACCAACACUGUUAUAUCUGGUAAAAGUAAUCCAGGUGGAUCAGGGGAUAAAGCUGAGCAGCCAAGCAGUUCCAAGGCCUCGGAGGAUGAUGCUAAGAAUUCCCAACAAGUUCCUAUCAUCCCAGGAAUCUCCAGUGCAUCAGGAAUGAUUUACGCUGGGUGCAUAGGGACCCAAAUUGCUAAUGAGAUUAUGGACUAUAAUAGAAUGAACUCCUCACCAUCCAGCGGUAAUACAAGUCCAUUCAGUGUGCCGCAGGAUAAGUCUCCACUGGCCCUUGCGCAGGCCAGCAGCAACGUGCCAAAUGGGGAAGCAACAGAUGUGGAGAUGACUGGCAAGUCAGGCUCAGUGGAGGAAACGAGGGGUGGGGCCUUCACAGUGGGAGAAAAUCUGAUGGAGGGGAGCUCUCAGUUGGAUCUAGAGAGUGUUCCUGGUUUGGGUGCUCUGAGCACCGACGAGGCAGCCAUGGCAGUCAUUAUGAGCUUACUGGAAACAGAUGCCAACCUGGGUGAGGCCGUGGAUUUUGACGAGUUGCACUGGUCUCUUUGAACAUACUUCAAUUAAUUUUUUAGUUUUUUUUUUAAAGACCCAUCUUAUCUGGAGCUUUUUAAAAUGAACCAUCCAUUCAUUUUCAAAGGGGCCGUAAGCCUUUGACAAAUCUUUGUAUUUUAUGUUUUUAAUUUAUUAGUGUUUUUAAAUGCAUUUGGACAAGCUGCAUGGCAUAUUAUCUGAUGUCUGCCCUUGGUGAAGGAGAACCGAAGGGGAUGGCCGUCUCUCUUAGUACCUUAAGCUGAGUACCUUAAGCAACAGGACCAGGUUUUAUAUGGUCUGGUGUGCAUUUCUUUAUCCUUGGCAUGGAUCAGAACAGAGAGACGUUCUUGGCCUGCUUUGCCAUGUUGAGAAACACAUGCCUCAGCCAGGGCAUAAGGCAAGAACCCAAAUGGUCCACUGUGAUCCAGUGGCAUAAGGAUUUCAAAACUAUUCCUCAGUCAUUCAACACUUGAACUGAUGCUUUGAGGCAAAGCUGGACUCAAAUUUUUUUUAAUAAAAAGGUAAAGGGAUUCCUUUGGCAAGGGAAGCCUGAUAGUUAUUUUACCCUUUUAGAGCAGAAAUCGUCUGGAGUUCAAUGUUGUUGUUUUUUUUCAAGAGUGGAACAACAGGGAGGGGUAUUGGUAAAAGCGCUUGUGGUCAGUUGUCAAACAGAAUUACUUGAAAAGACUGGAAAAAUCAGAAAAUAGAGGAUCACAGUUAGGCCUGACAUUAGUUUUUUUUUUCUCUCUCUCUAGUCUACAAACCUGUGUGAAUGUGUACUUUUCCUUCAGACACAUUCUGUGCUUCUCUUGAAACUGGGCUGUCAUUAAGAUUUACAACUCCUGGGACAACAUUUUUACCGUUGAGUAAGCUGUAUUAUAGAGGUCCUGGGACAAUGUUCCUGGUUUUUGCCCCCUUAGUUAGAUGUAUUGGAUCUGCUGUUCUUAAAGAUUUUCUGGAUGGAGAUCAGCGACAUGUAUUAUGGUGAUUGGAAACUAAUAAGGGCAGGGUCUCUCAGGGAACAAUUUGUGGAAACCCCUUCUCAAUAUCCUUUAGCGGAUCAGCAAAGUACCACUUUUUAGACACUCAAGUUAAGGUGGUGUUUAAGACUUAUACAUUGUUCAGGGCUCCAUUCUUUCAUUAGUUCUUCUUGUUCAGUUAUGUGCAAGAAGUAUAACAUGCUUAUGUGAUCAACAUCUAGUAGAUGAUUGUUGUUUAAACUGUAUUUUGGAAUUGUGUAAUAAGUUAAUCUCUACUCCACUUCAAAAUACUAACAAAAUCACUUUUUAUAAAGUAAAACAUUACCAAAGUAAUGGGGAGAUGUAUUUUAACUUUCUUCCUGCUUAAUGAAGGUAUUUAAUACAAAUCCAACCAUGAAGUCACUUUUAAAUAUACUGUAUAAUGUGACCUAAAGUGAACAGUCUGUUUAUGAUUUACUCACCCUCAUGUCUUUCCAAACCUGUAUGAUUGUGUCUCAUGGAACACACAAAUGGAGAUGUUUAAAAGAAUGUUCACGCUGUUCUUUUCCGUGUAAUGAAAGUCAAUGGUGACCAUAUGGGCUUUCAAGCUGCAGUAAGGACUAAAAAGCACCUUAGAAGUAGUUCAUAAGAUUUGUGUGCUAUUUUGCAAUUCCAGUUUCAUAGAUCUCCAAUUUAUUUUACUCCAUUUUCUCGGUUUCAGUGUUGCGUUUCACCUUAAGGCUGGAAUACACUACUAAUAGACUUUUUCCCAGAUUUUUACUCUGAUUUACAGUUUCAAUGAGUCUAUUCUAGUUGCAGAUUUUGUAGAUUCACAUGAAAUCAUGUGUUAUAUGAUACAGAUAUAGAUUAUCUAGCAUCAUCAGGCUAUGAUUCCAUGCAUUUGGAAGAUAUUGAACAUUUUAGAAUACAUCGUUUUAACUUGUCAUAAGUUUAAAAGUCUUCCGGUGCAUUUCAGUCAUAAGGAAGAAAGUAAGUCAUACAGGUUUUGAACAACAUGAGAAAAUAAUACUGUAAAUUGUAUUUUUGGCUGAACUAUAACUUUAACUGAAGAACAGAUUUUAAUAAUUUUAAAUGCUGUUAAAUGAGCUUUUGAAUAGAUAAAUCAAAAGGUAACGUCCAAUGUAGUUUUAAGCCAGUUUUUUUAAAGGGCUAAAAUCUUAGAAACAUCACCUCUUUUUGGGAAAAUGAACUUCAUAGGCUGUUAAAAUUAUGCUAUCAGAUGCCAUUUCUUGAAAUGAUUCCCUAUUUUAUAUAAUUGAGAUUUUAUUCUAUGUGCACAUCCCUGGUAUACUGGUUCUCUGUUUUUCUCUUUCUAAAUUUCUCACUCUCUUAAAACAAGUCAUCUGAAUCCUCUGGGUAAUAAUUCACCUCAUUUCAACAUGGCUUUGUAUCUAAUUUAGCAAAUUUUCUUCCAAAAUGUUGCUUCCCUUUAUACUGGUGACCUUUCAUACAGAUGAUCAGUGUAUUGAACUGCUUUAUUGUGACCGUGCACACGUGCCACAAUUGUCUCAUGGUCAUGCGUGAUGGUAACGGACAAUUUUGACCAAUUGUACCAAAGCACAUUGACCGCAGACAUAUUUAAAGUACCCAUAACCCUAUGCUGUCAGAUGUUCUGUAAUUCUGUGACUGUGGUGUGAGCCGCUUUUAAAAAAUGUUUUCAUAUCAUUGUCUGCUGUCACAUGCUUCCAAGAGCUUACUUGAAGGGAGGAUGCCACCGACCCAAUCAACUGAAAUACUGCUGGAUGAUAUGCACAUUAAUGGUUUUUAGUGUAAAAAUAAUCUUGCCAUGAUUCAUUAUUCAUCCAACGCUUGGCUUUGCAAACGUAACAUACUACCUAGAAAUAUAGGUGGGGUAUUUCUUUAAACCUAACUGAAAUUUCAUGGGAUCAACUGCAAGUGCUUGUCACACAGGUGGUUAGAUGUGUUAGCCAAUCAUAAUUGGGCUAAGAUGUCCAGUUAUAGAUUUUGAUUGGGCAGUUGUAACCUUAAGCACGGGAACAGCUUCUUUGUUUACCCCAAUGUACAAACGUUGACCUGUGCCAUAACUGCAGGCUGGUCCUAAAAUAUGUACAAAGACUUCUGAUUCCGUUUCCCUCUCCCCCACAUAGCUUCACUGUUCGUUUUUUUUACCCUAGAAUGAAAAAUUCCUUAAUUCACUCACCCUCAGGCCACCCAAGAGGUCAUUCAUCAGAAAUUUUGCAUCACAUUACCUGCUCACCAAUGGGUCUUCUGCACUGAAUGGGUGCCGUCAGAAAGUCCAAACAGCUGAUAAAAGCAUCAAAAUAAUCAUCAAAUAAUUGAUACAACUCCAGUCAGAGAUUCGGCGUCUUGUGAAGUAAAAAGUUGUGUGAAUGUUUAAAAAAAUAUUUAAUUAAGGUGUUUUAACUUUAAACUCUUGCUUCAGAACACGAUGCGAGUCCAUAAUCAAUAAUAAUGCUUCCUUAUGGUGGAAAAAGUCCAUCUCCUGUUGUCCUCCCUCAGUAAAACAUACCAACAUAUUCGUUUAGAACAGUUUUUGGACUGUACUGUAAACUGUGCUUCAUCUGUGCACAUUUCUCUCCUGAUUCAGAUGAGAUUGACUCUUUCACUGGGGAAGACAACGUUAUUUAUAGAAGAUUAUUGGAUUAUUACAUGAGUUAUUACAAACAUGCAGCUUUUCACUUCACAAGAUGUUAGUUGAUGGACUGGAGUCAUGUAAAUUUCUUAUGGAUUAUUGUGAUGUUUCAUCAUCUCAUUUUGAUGGCACCCAUUCAGAGGAUCCAUUGGUGAGCCAAUGAUGUAAUGCCAAACUCUCCAAAUCUUUUCCGAUGAAGAAAUGAGCUCUGAGGGGUGAGUACAUUUUCAGCAAAUGUAAAUUUUUUGAGUGCCCCAUUCCUUUGUGACUGUUCUGUUUGGAGUGUCAUUCUGCAGUUGCACAUGGCAAAAAUCAAGUACUGUAAGUAGGUUAGAAACCUUUUCUUAUCUCUCUUUUGUCCUAAUUUCAGCUCUCACUCUAUGUAGACUGAACAUUUCUUGAUUUUAUAUUGUUCCGUUAAUAUUCAUUCAUGCAUGCCUUUUUGUGUCCCCUUUGCUUUUCUUUACUACUUUUUUUGUUCUGUUAGCUAUCUAAGGGUAUUGGAUAAAGGUUUUUGCCUUAUAAAAGAGACAAAGACUUGCUCAUUGUUCUAUUUCCCUUUGUUUCUGUCUGUCUUGAGUGAGUGGUUUGGAUAUCCUGAAGACUGUUCUUCAUUUCUGUGAAUAUCACAGUCGGGGAGCAGCUGUUGGGUCGAGCCUCCAGAUCUGCUUGCACCUCCUCGUCGCUUUGACCAGGGCUGUUAUUGAACGGGGUGUCUUGUUCAGGCACACAGGCCCCUUUACUGUUUUUUUUUGCUCUCUCCUCUGUUUGUCAAUGCCAUCGCUGCUACUAUCAACAGGUCUGGUUACUAGCAAAGGAUCUGUCUGUCCAGGCUGACAUGUAAAACGAUUCUUAAAUAAACAACAUUAGUUUCCUGUACAUCUGUCUCCGUCUGUCAUAUGUCAACAUACAACUGUUCAGAGAUGUUGAGAUCUUAAAUUUCAAUUAAUUUCCUGGAGGUAGCAAGUAGGAAAUUGUAAAUUGAAUAUAGGGAAAUUGAAAGAUUUGAAUAAAUUGCUUCAAGUGUA